AUGGGGCACACCGGUCCGCUUGCCUUUCAUUCGGGGGCAUUCGACCAAACACCCAACAUCUACGACUCGGAAGACGCCCGCGGAACCAUUUCGCCUCUGCCACCGGUCCUCGUUCAUGGCCUCGGGGCCGUUGCCACCUUUGGCUUUGCUUCGUUCCUGACCAGCCUCACCCUCUUCCUCUACCUCACCUACAAGCUCAUCCGCUGGCAGCUCAACCCACCAGCGACGCCCAGCGACGAAGCCGCCCAAGCUGCGAAGCGCUUCACGCCCUCGUCCUUCCCAGAAUCACCCACCACAUCCGACGUCAACGGCUUCCUCGUGCCCGACUCCCACCUGUGCCCGCAAAAGGACGAUGACAUUGCGCCGGGCGGCCAAUCGUCGUCAUCCAUGCAGGACGGCAUCUGGAAACGGCUUCGCAAAGAGCCACCCAACCAGUUUCUCGUACUCAUCUACAACUUGCUGUUUGCCGACAUCCAGCAGGCGCUCGCCUUCUCGCUCAAUGUGCAGUGGCUGACGUCAAACGCCGUGGCCGUCGGCACGCCCACCUGCUGGGUGCAGGGCUGGUUUGUGUCCACCGGCGAUCUGGCCUCCAGUGUCUUCAUCACGGCCAUUGCGAUGCACACGUAUCUCGGGGUUGUGCGCGGCUACCGCCUGCCGACCUGGGGCUUUUACUCGGUCCUCUUUGCCCUCUGGGGCUUUGUCUAUGGCACGGCGCUGCUGGGCAUCAUCGUCACGAACAACGGCGAAGGCCGCGGCGGGCUGUAUGUGCGCGCCGGGGCCUGGUGCUGGAUCAACUCGGCCUUCCAGGACCUGCGCCUGUAUCUGCAUUAUCUGUGGAUCUUCUUGGCGCUCGCCCUGACGUCCAUCAUCUAUCUGGUCAUCUUCCUGCACCUGCACCGCCACAGCAAGCACUCGCAGACGUGCUGCCUGGCCCAGAGCCACGGCGAGCACUACCCGAACCCGGACCCCAACGGGGCGGCAGCCGCCGGCAUUCUCUCGUCGUCGGCGUCGGUGGUCAGCGGCUCUGCGUCCGCCCACAAGGCCGCCUCCGCAACCCCGCCCAUGCCCAGCUCGCCCCGGUCGACCAUGACGGACAUGAGCGCCAAGCGCCUGCCGCCCAUCCCCAGCUCGGCGCGCCACCCGACCUUUUUGCUCUACCCGCUCAUCUACGUGCUCUGCACCAUGCCCCUCGCCGCCGGCCGCAUCGCCUCCAUGGCCGGCCACGACGUCAGCCUCGCGUACUUUUGCUUCGCCGGCGCCAUGAUCGCCUCGGCCGGCUGGCUCGACGUCGCCCUGUACUCGUCGACGCGCCGCUCCAUUGUCUUUUCGGGCGAGGCCCCGCCGAGCCAGGACACCGGCCUGGAGACCUUUGCCUUUAUGCGCACCCCCGUCGGUCGCAAGUUUGGCAACGUCGUCUUUGUCUCGGGCGGCGACGGCUCCGACAACAAGUGCCACGAGGGCAAGCGGUGGCGCCGCUGGAACGACAAGGUCGUCGCGGGCGCGCGCCUGCGCAGCCUUCGGAGCGGCGACGCAAAGAACACCAGCCAGCCGUCGCUCAAGGGCUUCGGCUCGGGCGCCGGCGAGAUUAUGGGCAUGGCCAUACAAUGCGACACGGUCACGAGCGUGACGGUCGAGGUCGAGGACAAGGGCAGUGACACGGCCAGCCUCAGCAGCCGGAACGGCAGCAUCAUCAGCAACGUACCGGGCCGGAGAUAG